AUGGUACUGGAUACCAUGUCCGGCAGCGAGAUUUUUAGCGCCAUAGACCUGACAGACGGUUCUUACCAGAUUUUAAUGAGGGACAGUGAUAUCCCGUUCAACGCUGUCAGCACACCGAGUGGGAUGCUUUGGGAGUGGCUAGUCAUGCCACAAGGCCUUAAGAACGCUCCAGCAACGUUCAACCGGAUGGUGACACAAGUGCUUCGGCCACUACGUGAUUUCGCUCCAAGUUAUUUCGACGAUAUUUUUGUUCACAGCCGCGCUGAGCAACAACUCAGCGCUACGGAGGUCCACCUUCGGCAUUUGAAACAGGUGUUCCAAGUGAUGCGCGAGAACAAUCUGUACGCAAAUUUGAAGAAGUGUGUCUUCUGUGCUCCCGAGAUUCCAGUUCUUGGAUGCUAUGUUAGCAAGGAAGGUGUCCAUGCUGAACCCGAGAAAGUGUCAUCGAUAUGUUCAUGGCCUACGCCCAGGAACCAAACGGAACUACGCCAAUGGCUUGGCUUGGCCAAUUACUUGCAUAAGUAUACGAAGAACUAUGCAGAACUAAUCCAGCCACUAUCGACUCUACUGAAGAAAGACGCAGUUUGGUCAUGGAAAGCUGAAUAUCACUCUGCCUUCAACUCUGUGAAAAAGACCUUGUCUGAAGCACCAGUGCUGAUGUUGCCUGAUGAUUCUAAGCCAUUUCACGUCGUCUGUGAUGCGAGUAAUUUCGCUAUUGGAUGUGCCCUCAUGCAGUUUGACGAUGAGGGCCGAGAGCGCGUCGUGAGCUUUCAGUCACGACAGAUGAAACCCGCAGAGCGGAACUAUCCGGUACAUGACAAGGAACUUUUGGCUAUGCGUUACGCGCUGAUCAAGUUCAGAGUAUAUUUGCUCGGCGAGAAGAUGUUUUCGGUCUAUACAGAUCACGCAUCAUUGCGUACCGCCGUCAAGACUCCCCACUUGUCCCAGCGUAUGGCACGUUGGUUGUCAUACUUCUCAGAGUAUAAUUUCGUGGUCUUUUACAAACCCGGCAAGAACAACAUUCUUGCUGACGCGCUUUCUCGACGUCCCGAUUAUGAUCCUCGACGUGACAUGGGUCAUCAGCCAGGAAUUGCUGAAGACGAGGACGACGACAUUUGUUUAUGCUGUGCUGAGCAGGGGCUCAAUGCAAUGAUUUCGACACCUGAGCUGUCAAUCCGGACUCAAAUCGCUGAGUCAUAUGCGAACGAUUCAUUCUACACGGGAAUCAUCAAUUAUCUUCUACACCCUAGUGAGGGUUCACUCGCAAAGUUGACGAAACCAACGCGUGACAACAUCAAGCGGUACGCGCUUGAUGGUCCGCUGCUGACUUAUACAAUGGACGUUUUCGACCCACCGCGCGUCGUCAUCCCUGCUGAUGACGACCUCCGCGCACGAUUGGUGCAUGAAUUUCAUGACACUCCAACUGGUGGUCAUUUGGGUCGCGAGAAGACGUUCGCGGCCAUCUCUCGUGUGUUUUUCUGGCCGCGUAUGUACAAAUACAUCCAGAAAUGGGUACGCUCUUGUGAAAUAUGCCAGCGUGUGAAGCCUGCGCCGUCUUCACAAGCUCCAUUGCGUCCGCUUCCGAUUGCCACGGAAGCCUGGCGUUCGGUCAGCAUGGAUUUCAUCUUUGGUCUCUUUCCGGACGAACAGAAAUGCACGGGCGUAUUGGUUUUUGUGGAUCGAUUAAGCAAAAUGGUGCAUUUUGCUCCAGUCUCCGCGCACGUUACGGCGGAGACGACCGCGCAGAUCUUCAUCGAUCUCAUAUUUCGACAUCACGGCUUGCCUGAAUCAAUUGUUUCGGACCGCGACCCGCGCUUUACAUCAGCUUUUUGGGCAACGUUGUUUCAACUAUUGGGCACGCGACUGCUUAUGUCUACGGCAGCCCAUCCAGAGACGGAUGGGCAAACGGAGCGCGUGAACAGAGUGCUUGAAGAUGUACUACGCAGUUAUGCGACAUCGUUCCAGUCGUGGAGUUCGUUUCUCCCUCUCGCUGAAUUUGCAAUCAACAACGCAAUUCAUGCGUCGACUGGGUUAACGCCAUUUUUCGUGAAUAACGCGAGGCACCCUCGCGUUCCAGCGCUUCUUGCUCUUUCAGCUUCAGCACACCCAGUUUCUCAGCUUGGUGGGGGAGUAUCUCCCGAUGACACUACGCGAAAUAUUUUGAUGAUUGGUAAUGUUGAAGACAAGGUUGCUGCCGAUGCAACUCAUACUGUUAAUUUCGUGGCCAAUGGCAUAUCGAGUCCCGACGCGAUGCAUCCCAUCGCGUCUCCCGUCGCUAAUUUUGCUCCUAAAGAGUCCACUUCUCCUGUAAGUUCGGCUGCUGUGACCGAAUUCCUAUUACUACGGCAAAGUAUCACGCGUUUUGUACGCGAUGCACUCCAAGAAGCAGUGGAUAAACAAAAGGAGAACGCGGACAAGCGAGGUCGAAAGAACUUGCUGACGUUCAAAGAAGGUGACAGAGUCUUACUAUCGACAAGCGGAUUACCAGACACGUCAGUAACGAAUUUGGGCGCUAAUAAAUUAGCGCCAAGAUAUAUGGGGCCCUUUCGGAUUGUUGAAGUCCAUGGAGAUGCUUACACGCUAGACAUACCUACCACUAUGCGUUUGCACCCGACAUUCUAUGUCGGGCGCCUUAAGGCUUACCUGCCGGCGGAUCUCCCUUUUGUCCUUCCUCACUCGUCUGUAUCGGCUCAAAGUCCGACACCCCCUGCCGACGACGCUGACGACGACUGGGACCAAGUCCUAGACGAGCGCGAGCAGACUCGUUCUGCUGAAGUCCACCGAACGCAGCAGUCUCGAGCUGUCGCAGACGCUCCACCAAGCCCUGCUGCUCCCGUCGGGUUCUCUCGGCAGCCUCUGUCGCAGCUGCUACACGAUCUCCAGCCCUCUCGACCAUCUCACGGGCAUCCAGAAGGCCUUUCAUCGCCUCUUCAGUGUCAGCACGAAGGAAACGAAGCUCGUCACUCGACGGCACAGGCGCCCGAUUAUGAGAAUCGGCGCCCAAUCCAAGAAGCCUUCCGUCGUGAUGCUCCUCCUCCCUUGGUAGAUGCAUCGGGUGAGCCACGCUGGAUUGUGGACCGUAUCGUCGGUCAUGAAGACCCCACGCCUCUUGCGCCGAGUAGUGGCUCGGCGCCAUCGAAGAGUCGUUCAGAAACGCAUUACAAGGUCCGAUGGUUGGGUUAUUCACCAACGGAAGACACGUGGGAGCCUCGAAGUAUGCUGGCUCACGAUGUUCCUGACGUCGUUGAGGAGUACGAGACCAGUAAGAGGUCGCCGAACGCGACCGACGCUGCUGACUCCUUCCACGAUCCCGCGAACCGUAACGUGCGUGAAUUGGCGAUCGACGACGAUCUCCCGAGCGACUCCGACGUCUUCUACGAGGCUCGGGAGCAUUUGGAUACCUUGACGGUCGAGAGCGACUACGAGAGCGACCUCGGUGGUCGAAGACAAACGAUCUCGACUACGUGA